UCAUGCUUGGAUCGCGCUCCUUUCCGCAUCAUUUCGUUGAAAGCAGUCGGAGGCGUAACCUCGUCGCUUCGUGUUCGUGAAACAGCAGCCAUUUUGUCAGUGAAACUAAUCGCUUGGUAACAUUCAGCAAGCAAGCAUUCUCUCGGUGAAAAUCAUUGUUCGGUGUUUUCUAUUACGUACGAUGGAUGACUCACGCGAUACUUUAAAUAAUAGCUUGCGGGAGGAAGUACAGCAAAAGUUAAGGCAGGCAAAGGACUUACUUAAAAGGGUCCGAGAUAAGGACUUUUGCAGCGGGAUGAAAAACAGCCUAGUCAGGAUCGAACCUAUUAUCCUUAACAGUACGAUAAGGCUUAAAACUUCAACGUUACUAGAGGUUAGAAAAAUUCUAGAAAAAGGUGUGCAAAAGACUACGUCUAAACUGGUGUUAGAGCGCUAUAAUGCUAAUGUGCCAGCAUGGGACACAACGGACUUGUUAAGAUUAUCCGGCCAAUCCAGUCGUCCCAACUCACAUCAAGGAUAUUCCUCGAUGGGAAAUCAAGAAAGGCUUGCUUUAAAAUAUCCUAGAAGGAAAAUCGACGUUGCAGGCCACUCCAGCACGUCUAGUGAUCCAGGUAACACUGCAAGUCGGUCAAGUAGCCCGCUAUUUAGACGGCGCCACGAAGUAUUUCCUUCACAGCCAAUACCAACCACGUAUGCCGAGCAUAAGAGACUGUCUCAAAAUCAACAGUUUCAACAACCAAAAUCAGCUAGAGAUAACCAAUUUGUCUCCAAUAUUAACAAGGCCCCGGUAGAAACUGACAAUCAAUCCAUCAACAAAAUUCCAGAUUCUACUUCACACUCACCCACACAUGUUUCUGUUCCCAAUGAAACUCGUUAUAAUACCGACAAAUCUAAAUCGCUAGCCAGAAAUACCGAAUCUUCUUUUGUUACUGACGUACCAACUUCAGCAAAUAGUCCUACUUCAAGCCAUGCCGUGCAUGUUGAAAAACGAAAUAGUGAAUUUUCAGAUCAUAGAGAUUUUAAGGAUCCAAAUUCAGUAGAUAGUCGCAAAACAAGCUGUGCCAACGAUGUGUCCAUCGAAAGAAGAAAUAGCGAAUAUUCUAAUCUCUACAAGGAUAAGAAAUAUAUCAAGGAAAGGAAAGAUUCCAAGGAAAAGAAAGAUUCCAAGGAUAGGAAAGAUUCCAAGGAAAGGAAAAAUUCCAAGGAAAAGCAAGAUUCCAAGGAACGGAAAAACUCAAAGGAAUCAGCAGAUAGUACAACAAGCAAUCAUGUGGAUGCCGACAAUCGACCUCAGAAAGUUCAAAGUGAUACUCAUACCAAUGGUGUCAACCGAGAUGCAUUCGAAAUAACAACUACGAGCUGCUCUCCAGAACUUCAUCAGCAAACAGAUGCCAUGGAAGAUGAUCCUUUAAAAGAGACAGCAAAAGUAACAAAUGCGACAUCCAAACCAUCGAAACCUAAAAGCAAAGGACACUCUCGUGAGCUUCACGAUUUGCUUUCGUACACCACAGAGAUCAUGCCAAAAAUUGUGAACAGACGAAAAAGUAUUUCAAAUGAAACAGCAGUAAUCAAUGCACAAUUACGAGCACAAUUCAAUAUAACAAAAGAACUUGUUGUAGCAUUGACAAGAGUGCAAACUGGGGUAGUAGCGCAUCGGACUCGCAGUAAAUCAAUCGACUCUACAAAGUUUUUAGAGAGCCGAAAAAUUGUCGAGCAAAUUACACCUGAGACAAAUACUGCUGCCCGCAAAAUACAAAUUUCUGAUACGAAAGAAAAGAAGUCUGUCGAUCAACGCAAACACAAAAAAUCUCCCGAAAAGAAGAAAUCUGCUUCCUCAACGUCUAAUUCCAGUUCCAGCUCGAGGAUGUUAAGACAGACUGCACGAAAAUCUUCUUCUAAACCUGAGACCAGUGCCAGUAAAAAAAAGACAGUUGAGAAGAAACUCGUUAUCGAAAGUGCUACCACCGAAAUCGACAAGACGCCAGUCAAGCCAAAAAAUAUUUCAAAGAAGCGGGAGAUACGUAGUCGUUCACCUAGCCCUUCACGUCCAAAGCGACUGCGUUCAAGUCACAAUAAUUCAAUUGUUGCUUGUAAAGAAGAGUUCGUGAACAAGUCAAGUGAAGAAACGGAGGAUGAAGAGUCAAGCAUCAUCUUGUCUAAUUUGAUUCUGCGAGAGAACUCAAAGCCUAACAAUGAUCCUAGGGUGCACUGUCACAGUGACUACAUGGAAGAAUGUUGCUUGUGCUCAUACAAAGGCGAAAAUAUGGUUCAACACUAUGUUUAUAAUCAUCCAAAGAAGUCAGUAUACAUCAGCAGAAUUGCUCCCGAGCAGGCUGAUCUCAUUAAAGCUGACCCGUUAGGUAUUAAUGGAGAAAAAAUUACGCGUCAGUCGUUUAGAUUUGGUUCUCAGGAAGUUAUCAAAUUUCGAUGCUAUUUUUGUGACCUGUACAUCAGUGAAUCUCAAGAAUUGUGGAUAGAUCAUAUAUCAGGCCAUACAGGAGAAUACCGAUACAAAUGCGUACUAUGUCCCACUGUGGCACGCUCCUCAAUUGAGAGAGUGAUGCACCAUGCAGUUUGUAGCAAUCCUUCGAUUCAAUUGUGGCAUAAGUAUUCGUUUGAAAACAACCACCUGUACGGUUAUAUGUGUGACGAGUGUAACUUCGUACAAGUUCUGUACGAGAACAUGGUACGUCAUUUACGGGACGACCAUGCUGGUGAUGGAACGCAACAAAACAAAAUUAUUCGUUUCAGUCUGGUAAACUUCAGUCUGCAGGAUAACGAAGCUGAUCUGGACUGUGGCAUUGUAAAGCUGGAACCCAUUUUAGAUGACACCAAACAGAGCAUUGACGAACAACUUAGGCGUGAAAUGGAGUUCAUGUUUGGUAAGGAUCCUCCUUCGAUUGUUGAUACGGAACAAUUUGAAGAUUGCAUUGAAGAAAAGAUUCACCUCCGACCAACAAAUAUUGUUGUGAAACAAGAAAAGUUGAUAGAGCCGCAGCAACCAAUAUUGUCCCCUCCUACCACAGAGAAUUCUGAAGCUCGUGUCAAUAACUGUGUUCCAGUUAAUGGAAAUGAGAUUCACGAAGUGAAAAGUAUAAUUCGCUUAAAAAGAUUACCCGGUGAUAUACUAUCCAUCCCAAAGGAGAACAGUUUACCGAAAAUAAGUUCAAAUGCGAUGAUUUCGAGUGACAAUUUUCCGAAAAUAACUUCUAAUUGUACGCUUUCAAGCAACAAUUUUCCGAAAACAAAUUCAAACAGUACGGUUCCAAGUGACAAGUCGUCAUCAGCCCGAAUAGGCAACCGUGAUGACCGUCCGCGCAGUACAUUCAUCACGAGCUCUACAUCUGCGGUCAACCCAACAAAGUUGGUAGCACGACUGCCCAAUGGAAACUAUCAGCCAAUUUUACCGCACCCUUUGGCUACGGUUGUCACGGGCGUUGUGCAAACUCGGCCCCCAGUAAGAAUUUUAAACGGGCAUAAAUUAAACAAGCCACUUUCUGUAUCGCAACCGCCUGUUGUGACCACUAAACUCAUUCGGUUACCGCCAACUGUAAUAAACGGGCUACAACCAAUGCAUCAACCCUCCUCACCACCUAUGGCUGCUCUCAAGCCCUGGAACGGGCUACGCAAUGCCGGCAAGUUGAGCCUGCACAAGUUAACCACUUCUUACUUGCUUGCGGAGUUUAAAUGCACUGUCUAUGAUUGUGGGUUCCACUCGGAGACAUUAGAGACAAUGAAGGAACACUUUCUUAUUCACCAAAAACCGUCAAACCAACAUUCAAUAACGCGCUUUAGCCCGUGGUUAGAGUGUUGGUACUGUAAAAACGUGGCAACGAGUAGUGACAACUUGUUGGAGCAUGUUCAAAUGAUGCACAAGCAUUGCGGCUAUCAAUGCGAUCAAUGCUGUUAUCGAAGUCGGGAUCCCAACAGCGUAGUCGUGCAUCAGCGCAAGUACCAUAACGAAUUGUUUCAGAACGCCAAAAUUCUAUGCGUCCCGGGACGUCAAAAGCCUUACACCCCCAUGGACGACGAUGCCAUUAGAAUCGAAAUGAAAACUAACGUAAAGGGUCUCCACUGUUCACAUUGCGUUAUUCGCAAAUUUAUCGAUUUGGAUGAAUUUCUAACGCACAUCUCCGGACAUAACAAAACCUAUACCGAUUGCCACGUAUGCACUCAACCAGUUCCCACACAUACUAUGGAGGAGCAUAUUAAAUUACACAACAUAUAUCUGUUUCAAUGCGUAUACUGCGACUACGGCACCACUGCCACGGCUAAGAUUAUGGAGCAUGUGGCUGACGAACAUCCUGAAAGAAUGUUAUUUUACCACACGAGAGUUUCGCGGAACAAUUUUCCACCCUUUGUCCGAGGAAUACAGCGAAUCGCGCCGAAUCGUUACGUGGUUUGUUCUACUCAGCCAAAUGAGGUGAUACACAUUAAUUAAUAAGUGAUAGCUGACUUCAGAAUCACUUUUAAGCAGUAAAUAGCAUGUAAAAAUCCCGUUUUAGUUGUUCACGUAUUUUUAUUCAGCAAAUAAAUAUAAGGAAAAUAACAAGUUGCUCUAUCGUUCAUUCUCUCCUAUAAUCCUUAGAGUUGAUUUGCUG